AUGCUGUGCCACCCUGAGAACAGGGGAAGAAGCCUCAUAAACCCUUUCAAUGCCCACCGCAAGGGAGCAGAGAUCCUUGACUCAGGGCUGAAGGCUGACCUUCUCCCACCAAACUCCCUGGCUAUAGAAAUAUCUCGAGAUGUUGCCAAAAAGGAUAGUCAACUUGGUGCAAACAAAAGAAUGGUGGAUGAAGCAGGUGGCCUUCUUGCUUCAGUUCGAGGCGAUGAAAGGUUCCUGACUUUAGCAAAUUCCCAUUUUGUACAAUGGGCAAAAGCCAUGGAGCAGGGAUGCAAGAAGCCAGAUGGCUCCCAGAUGGUUCUGAGCGUUGACAUGAAACCUUUGCUCACUGAAGGUUGGCAGUGGCAGGUGAUCAGCCAUGAAGCUGAACAGAUUUGGCCAACUCUGCCUGGCUUCGCAUCCAUGGCCAUGAACAGCCACAAUACAAACCAAAUUGCCAGCAAUGAACUUGAAUGCAUGCUGCAGCUGGCUGCCUUGUAUGAAGAAGGCUUGAAGCUUGAUGAUGCCGUUCUGGCAGCUCAACAUGCAGCCCCAAGUUGCAAAAAGUAUUUGGGGGAUGUUGCCUACUUCUGCAGGAUGUUCUCAGGAGGCAAGAAAUUUCCUUUGCUCCAGUGCUUGGAUCAUCUCUGCAAGACAGCAGGCCAUAGCCUUUUGAUUGGUGAAGAAAUGAUGAACCUCCUGGCACAUUAUGAUUUUCGCCUUCCUGGACAGGCCAUGGUCAUGACAAGGGUGGCUUUAGCAGCUUGCAUUUUGACAUCAAAGAAAUCACAGGAUGGCAUCUCCAAGUUGCUGUUCAAGAGCGACUUUGACAAAUUGAAAUCCAAGACAUCCACAAGAAGGCUUGAUGAAGUUCUGACUGACCUUUGGGCACAGGCCCAGGGAACAAGUGACAUCAAGUGGGGAUACCAGUGCUUUGGGCAAGCAUGUGUGAGGAUGGUGAUCCACAUCCUUGGAAAGGAAAGGCUUGCAAAGCAAGAUACUUUCGAGUCUUGUUCCAAAAUUGUGGAGCUUUUCCAGCAGGAGCUCACAAACCCAAAGCAACCAGUGCAAUCAGCUGCAGCUGCUUCCUCUACCACUGCUUCACCAGACCAGCCUGUGAAGGAUCUGGUCAGCUGUUCUGCAGAAGACCUUGCAUUACUCCAGAACCAGCACAUAUUGGUUGGCCACAGGUAUUGCCACCCUGACCAUCCUGACCAGAUCUUUUUGCUGAAGAGCAUUGAUGGCAGUGGUGCCAAGUUUGAGCAUCUACCAAUAUUUGGGCCUGCUGUCCAGCAUUGUGAAGACCUCUCAUCCUUGAGAGGAUGGAAGAUUACAAAAAAGGAAAUGACUCAGCUUCUCCCCACCAGCCUUUGCAAAGAAAGGCUGCCACAAAAUUCAGCCAUGGUGCAGGCUGAAGCUGACAGGAUGUCAGUGAACUCUUUGUUGAUGGAAGCAUUCCACCAGAACAAGGCAGAUGAGAACCUAUUGGGGUUCACCUGUCAUCCCACCAACUGUGUGCUGCUGAAGAAAGUGAAAAAAGAAGGAGCUGAAACUAUAUCCCUUGGGAACUUGUAG